AAGCCUCUCAAGUCCAAGUCGUCGACCAACCUCUCCGCCAUGUUUGCCAAGAUGAACCGUUCCAGCAAGGACGUCUCCAACAUCAACCCGGAGCAGAAGGACAAGGAAAAUGCUUCUCCGAUGGAACCGAAUCCGCAGCCCAUGCAAAGAGUCGAGACGCCAAUCUGGGCCCAGUUUGCGUCCGACAGUGGGUCAGGCAGUUCACGAGCUCAGAGUCGACCGGGCAGCAAAUCCUCGAACAACCUUCAAGAAGAAAUUGAUAAGUAUACGCCGACAGUCUACUCGCCUAGCAAGCAAAGAAACUUCGUCGGCAGCUUCGACGCGCCAAGUCUACGACCAACGCUGGGUAAGAGCCGGCCACAAAGUGCAUAUUAUGGAAACGGCGAGGGCAUAAUAGGGGCGAUUGGAAGACGAGUCAGUGGAGACAAGAAGAGCUUAGAAGGACGGAAGUCCGAAGACUCGGGUCGAAGGUUCUUUCAGGGCUCGACCAGCAGGGUCGGGAGCAGUGCUGAACAUGUACCGGCGAAGGACAAGCUCGAUGUAAAGAAGCGCGGUGGGCGUGUCAUGGCAGCUGUCGCGGCUCUUCAGGGUAAGAACAAGGACACCGACAAGCCGAAGGAGAAAGAUGAAGCUGCCCUUGAUCCAAAGGAGGUUGAUGCCCAGUUCGAGGCAGUCCUGGACUCUCGAAACAUCCCGGAGCCCAUGAGGCAGAAAAUGCGGUCCUUGACCAUGCGCGUGAAAGCGGACUUCAUCAAGCAGGACCAAGGGUCAACCAAGAGCAGCAGUCCGCCCGGUUCUAUGAAUAGCUUGGACAAGUCCAAAUCGUCCAACAGGCUUACCGAAAUCACAAAGGUCGAAACGAAAAAGGGCGAUGACGAGGACGGCAAGUCGACAAAACGUUCACGAACGAGGAGUCGAGCAUUUACCUUCACGCGUGGUCGCAAAGAGGAACGAGGUGAUGAGUCGCCUUCGAAGAAGCAGAAAUCACAGAGUCGAAGCAGGCCGAAUUCGAUUGUGAUCCCAGACGACAGACCCAUGAGCAAUGAUCGGACCCCUACUACACCCACUGGCUCAUGGGGCCGAAAGAAUACCGCACCUGCGCUGCCUGCAGAUUACAUCACGUAUCUGCGGAAGAAUCAGGAUCCGACUAAGGUCGAGGUUGGCCGUUUGCACAAAUUACGAAUUCUGCUACGGAACGAGACUGUUGCUUGGGUGGACGCGUUCAUCAGCCAGGAUGGUAUGCUCCAGAUCGUUGGUCUCCUGAAUCGAACGAUGGCGCUGGAGUGGCGAGAAGAUCAUGAAGACCAGCUACUACAUGAAACAUUGCUCUGUCUGAAAGGCCUUUGCACGACUGAAAGGGCAAUGCUGGAACUCAACAAGUUUGCGCAGGAUCUUUUCCCAGCCCUACUAGGAAUGCUCUUCGAUGAGGAGAAGAAGGGUCCUGCUGAGUACUCUACCCGCACCAUUAUCGUCAACCUACUGUUCAACUACCUGUCAACGAUGACCAAAGCGUCACCAAAAGAGCUUGAAGAACGAGCACGAAUCAUUCUGCGAUAUCUUGGCGAGCCACCAAAGCCACAGGAUGCGCAGCCAGUUGACUUCGUUUCGGCCAUGCGUGUUCCUCGACCAUACAAGCUCUGGUCCCGCGAGAUUUCAAACGUCACAAAAGAGGUGUUCUGGAUCUUCCUGCAUCACCUCAACGUGGUGCCGCUACCGAAGCCGUCCACCAGCCAUUCUCAAACCGCUGUUCAGGAUGAUGGAGAAAGGAAAAAGGUACUGGCUGCAACAUAUACAACACGCCAUUUUCCUGGCUCUCGUCCACCAGUCCCUGCAGCUCCAUAUAUUGGCGGUGUCGAGUGGGACGCUACGACAUAUCUCACGGCCCAUUUGGACUUGCUCAAUGGUCUGGUUGCAAGUAUGCCUCACGCCGCUGCACGCAAUAUGCUUCGCGAGGAAUUGCAGGCAUGUGGCUUCGAGAAGGUGAUGGGAAAUGUCCUCCGUACCUGCAAGGAGAAGUUUUACUCAGGUGUACACGACGGCUUACGAGCGUACGUAGCUGCUGCUCACGAAGACGGCUGGGACACACGCUAUGUUCGAGAAGGCCCGAGCGAGGAGCAAAUCGCAGACGAGGCAAUGAAACAAAGUCCUAAGAAGUCUCCGAAGAAGAAGGCUGAUCUGCCACCCAAGCUCGACGCCCUUCCUGCUAUGGAGUCGGCCCCUAAACUCGAUCUGGGACUCAGCAUGAAGAAGAACAAC